AGUUCAUCUCUGGUUGCGGCUCUUGUGGAAUCUCGACUUUCAGUAGUUAUUUUCAUUUCAAGUUUGUCGUCAAGUCCCAUUUUCUGCGUGUAUUCUCUUAUUCUGGAAAUAUAUUGGAAAGGUUUCAUUUCAGGGAAUCAUGCUGGAAUACAUAUUCUUUGGUUUACAAAAGGGGGUGUGACAUCUCUGGCGACUCCGCUGGGGACUUGCAGGCAAUGGUCAAACAAAGAGGCAAAGGCUCAAAACAACCAGGUCAAGGUGAUUCCUCCCGGGGAGGGAAGAAAAGGAUGGUAAAACUCACUCCCCAGGCUAGACAAAACAUAAAGAACAUGAGGAAAGCAAUCAAAGCAGCUGACAGAGCCAUUGACAACUCGGGGAGUGAGUACAAGCCCUUCUGCGAGAUCUCUUCGGAUUCUGUACCACUAUACAUCCCGUAUCCGGAGAGGGCCAUACAUAAAGAUACUCCUCCCUCUUCCCCUGAUAUUCAAGCUUCAGUCAACAUUUCUUCUGGGUCGUCUGAGGGCUCAACAGCAGGUAGUGGGGAUGAAUACUCUACCUCUCCCACAACUUCAAUAUCUGAAGAGGGUGCUAGAGGUGAUGAGGGAGAUGAGGAGGUACCUGGGGGUGUUGUGCCUCAGGUUAGGGGUGUUGACCGAACUAGAAAUCCCACAGUCUAGGAGGAUAUAUUUGUCAGCCAGGUGGCAUUCCACAAGUUUAGGGAAUGGUAGCCAUCACGAAAGUUGAUUCUUGAGAGGAUCAUGUGUCAGAAAUUCAUAAAAAUUCUUUUAGAUUGA